AUGGGUAAGAAGCAACAGUUCCUUAGCAAGGAAGCGGUUCAAAAAGCAACGGAGUAUAGCAUCGCCUUGACAGCUUACCGUGGGAUAGUUUCUGCUGCGGAAUCCAUGACGGAAAUGCUCACCGGCGUCUUCAACUGUAGGACGUUUUUGCUCUCAGAAGCAGGUGUAAUGAGGCGGGCCAAGGAGGUUUCAUUGCUCUUGGAUGACAUUGAAAAAAAUAUCGAUUCUCUGGAGACCAGAGUAGACACACUGCGGGAACUAUCAGAGACGAAAUUAGACGUCUUGAAGAGGGGUCUAGAUGGUCUCUCAGAAUGA